AUGGUGCAGGUCUUUACACCGCGUUUCUGUCCGAAGGAUUAUGUGUCUUAUUCCUCUAACUGCUAUGCCUUAUAUAGCACACCAUCGACCUGGAUGGAUGCAAAUAUAGCUUGCCAAAGGCAGCCUGCAGGACACCUUGUCUCCGUGCUCACUGGGUCUGAAGCAUCCUUCCUGAGCUCCCUGAUAAACAACACUAUGGAUAGCUACUACGAUGUCUGGAUUGGGCUUCAUGAUCCUACUGAGGGCCGACAGCCUAAUGGAGGUGGAUGGGAAUGGAGUAAUACAGACCCAAUGAAGUACUUUGCUUGGGAGACAAAUACCCCCACCAUUCCAGACUCUGGUUUCUGUGGCAGUGUGACUAAAAGUUCAGGUUUUCAGAAAUGGAAAGAUUACAACUGUGAUUUGAAGUUACCUUUUGUCUGCAAAUUCAAGUACUAG